ACGUGGAGGGCAUAGUCAUCACGCUUUGCCUCAUAGCCCUGGCGCUGGGCUUCUAUUUCACGACGACAGAUGAUGCCAGGCCGACAUCGACGGCCAUGACAACUGCCGCGACUCCACCACCGGUGGAAAAAACAACUUCCUCCACUACUACGAAAGCACCAGACAAACAAGGCCAGAUCAUCUGCUUCGCAGACGCCACUAGUCUGAACUUGAUGGACGAAAACGCCUUGACCGGCCUCGACGACUUGUGCUCCAAAUUUCUCGUUAACAUCGAAUUUGGAAAAAAAGGAGAAGUAAACAAAAAGCUGCCGUCCCUGCAACCGAUGCAAACACAUUUCGGAAAGAACUUGCUUACUGGAAUGAAAAUGCCCGAGGAAGCCGACACGACCUUUUUGAAAGCAGUGAAUGAGAGCGCUUUGUGGAACCUAGCUCAUUCCCAUGGAUUGACUGAAGUCCGUCUGACAAAGAACACUUUACAAAAAAUGAAGAACCUAGCCACAGUACUGAAGGAGAUUUAUGUAAUAGCCCUACUCCCGGACUCCAAGGUUAACGACACACUGCUCCAACUAUCAUUCUUUUCUGGUUCACCGAAAUCACCUCAUGACUCCGGCAACGCUACCUCCGAGGCAGCUAACCCGAACACCAGGAACGCGGCGCUCGACGCAGCAGCCGCAAGCGGCAGCUGCAAGACGCUGGCCUUCCUACCACCUGUGACCAAGGAGACGCGCCUUACAGUACAGCAUAGCAAGCAGCUGCCACCGCUCCCACCCAACGCUAUUGGAGUGGUCGUUCGCCCGUGA